AAAAAAGAGAAGAAAAAUUGUGGUUAUGUUUCGCAAAAUUUAAAAAUGUUCAAAUCGAAAAGCAACAUUUUAAUAAACAAAGCGAUACAAAAUCGUCACUAUGCGAAUCUUCCUCAAAACGAGGUAGCCUCCGUCUUUACAAACCGAAAUCCAAGAAACCUAGAACGCAUGCGGAUCGGCUAUAAACCUAAUGGGUACCAUGUAGACGCCCCUGGAAAAAUUUAUUGGCACAAAUUAGUUUUAACAACCACUGGAAGGUAUCUAACCGCAAGUGUAAAACAUUUUCAAAAUGGGGAAGUAUUAUCCGCAAGUACUUCGGAAUGGCCCAUCAAGAAGCAGUUAUACAGAACACUGGAUACUUCAGCUUAUAUCAACUUAGGAAGGGUUUUAGCUCAUAGAUGCCUUCAAGCAGGAUUGUUAGAAAUUAGUUGUUUUAUUCAACCAAAAGUUCCGAAUGAUAAAACCGCACAAUUUUUAAAGGCCUUAGAAGAAGGAGGAGUGUGCCUAAAAGAACCACCUCAGUACAAACCUAGCAGGCCAUGGGAUCAGUACAGGCCUGAAAAACCUUGGGAAGUUACAGAAUAGGCUAUACUAUAAUUAUAAUUACUUUUAGUAGUGGUUAUUUAAGAUUCAAUAAACAUUUUUUUUAAUUAAUUUAUUUACAAUAGGCUACACUAAUACAACAUAACUGACUUAUUCUUCUGUUUCAUAUUUAUCCUUUAUGUGUUUCCAUAAUUUCUGGAACAAAAAAGUAAGUAAAGUAACAGUAGGAUCUCGAAGAAUAAUUAUGUAAUACAUACCCCUUCAUUAACUUUUUCAAAUAUACUGUCUGUAACCAGGUCGAAGGUUCUUUCAAAUGCAAAGGCAGACACAAUGACAGCCAAAGCCAUUGUGGAUGUUCUUUUGAAAAUUGCGUUAUAAACAGUACUGGAAAAACCCAUUUUUGUUCGUUGAAUGCAAAAAUUCAACAAAAUUCGAUCCUCUAAAAAUGGAAUGACGGGUUG